GAGUGAGCUGCUGGGCUUCCCAAUACAUAGGCGAUAUAGAUAGAUAGAUAUAUAAAUACAUUAAAAAAAAAAAAUUGAAUAUAACGAGAAAGACACACAGGCGGAUGGACGGACGUAAUAUAGGCAAGUGUUGCGAUUAAUCUUUUUUUUGUCUCUCUCUCUCUCGGUGUAUUUAUUUAUUUAUUUAUUUAUCGAUUGAUUUUAAUUAGUGUGUGACACGCGGGAGGGAGGAGCGUCAGGAUCAGGUGUGUGUGUGUGCGUGCGCAGUUUUGUUUGUUUGUUUUCGCCUUUUUAACUAAUAAAGCUUUUUUUUCUUCCUCCCAAUUAAAAAAAAAAAAGCUGCGCGUUAGCCGGCGCGCACAUGAAUGUGUUAGCAUAUAGCAGCGAAAUAGUCAUACCAAAUAGCUCCAAACCAAAUGUAACCGCGCGAAAUAAGACUUUUGUAAGUAAAAGGGAAAAUUGUUUUGUUAUCGCUGUGCUUUAUUUACGCUACUAGCCGAAGCUAACUGACUGUUUUCAUGCCUUUUGGGCGCUUGAGUACAAGAAGACGCGUGAACUUUCCCACCGAGUCGCUCCUCCGUCCGUCUGUGUGCCUCCAUUAAAGAAAGAACUCCAUUCUAUGCACAUUGAUGCCGGGUUCAAGUCAAUAAAAGACCAAAAAAAAAAAAAAAACAAGUGCCGGGCUGCUUUCAUGUGUACGCACCAAGCGAGCCGCCUCCACAAAGCCGAAGACACCCGCGAAGACUCCCCGGCGGACGCAUCCCGCCGUCCCGCCGUCGCAUUGUUAUUAUUUGCGCCCAAAGAAGAAGAAGACGAAGAAGGAAGACCAUGUUCGUCCCCCUGCCGGUGCCGUUCGUGUUUCAGAGAGCUGCCCCCGCAGACCUCAGCGCCUGGCGUCUCAAGUCCCCCCUGGCUCUGCGCUCCAACUCCGAUGCCAGGAUGUCAAGGCCAGCUGAGGUUGACAAACUAGGGGCUGACUCACCACUGGACAGCACAGAAUCAGAGCGCAAUGGAUCUGAAUCGAAUCACCAGGCCCAGUCAAUGAAGGUUAAUCCAUUCUCCCUGUCGCCAAGCCUCAGCAGCAGCAAGAACAAGAUGGAAGAGUGUGGCGACAUGACACACUCCCACGGCCCGACCCCCUCCCAGACGGCCCUGCAACACACGCAGCUCAUGCUGACCGGCUCCCAGAUCGCAGGGCUCACGGCUCUGUUGCCGCCGCAGCAGCAGCUUUUGUUGCAGCAGGCCCAAGCGCAGCUCCUGGCCGCCGCCGUGCAGCAGUCCAGCGCAGCGCACGCCGCUCACGCCGCCCACGCUGCCGCCCAGGCCAAUCAGCAAGCUCAGGCGGCCGCCGCGGCCAAUCAGCAAGCCCAGCAGCAGCAGCAGCAGCAAACGCAGCAGGCGGGACAAACCGGCCAGCAGCAGGCGCAGGGUCAGGGACAGAACACGCAGGAACACACUGCCCAAAGCGUCCCUGCCCCGCCUCCUCCGCCCCAGCUUACCCUCUCUCAGCCAAUCCAGCUCACCGCCCAGGACAUCCAGCAGUUGCUGCAGCUCCAGCAGCUGGUUUUGGUUCCCGGGCACUCACUCCCGUCUCCUGCCCAGUUCCUCCUCCCGCAAGCGCAGCAGGGACAGCAAGGACUCCUGUCGACACCAAAUCUUAUUUCGCUACCUCAACAAAACCAAGGGAGCCUGCUGUCUGGUCCAGCUAGAAUGGGACUGCAAGCACAGCGAGACAAGAGCAUGGAGAUCAGCGGCGGAGUAGGAGGCAUGACGACGGUGUCGUCUGUGACCGCUCACGCCGAGGAGCCCAGCGACUUGGAGGAGCUGGAGCAGUUCGCCCGCACUUUCAAACAGAGACGCAUCAAACUGGGCUUCACGCAGGGAGAUGUGGGCCUGGCCAUGGGGAAGCUGUACGGCAACGACUUCAGCCAGACCACCAUCUCUCGCUUCGAGGCCCUCAACCUGAGCUUUAAGAACAUGUGCAAGCUGAAGCCGCUGCUGGAAAAGUGGCUCAACGACGCAGAGACCAUGUCCAUGGACAGCACCCUGCCCAGCCCCAGCUCACUGUCCAGCCCCUCGCUGGGCUACGACGGGAUGCCCGGCCGCCGCAGGAAGAAGAGAACCAGCAUCGAGACGAAUGUACGCAUUGCCCUGGAGCGUGCUUUCUUGACGAACCAGAAGCCUACCUCAGAGGAGAUUCUGCUGAUUGCUGAGCAGCUCAACAUGGAGAAGGAGGUGAUCCGGGUGUGGUUCUGCAACCGCCGGCAGAAAGAGAAACGCAUCAAUCCCAACAGCGCCACCCCUCCCCUGCCCAGCCAGCCCGCUGUGACCCCGCCCACCCACAAGGCCCCGUGCUACAGCCCUCACAUGAUAACCAGUCAGCUGUCGCAGGCGGUGACCAGUCUGAGUAACACAACGGCGGCGACCACCAUCUCCUCCAUCUGCCCUCUGACCUCCAGCCUCACCUCCCUCACCUCCAGCCACCCUUCCUACAGCUCUUCCCCUUCCCCGGUGACUCCUCCCCUUCCUCCUCCUCCAGCUGCAGCUCCUGUUGGUCCUCCGCCCCGCAGCACGGUCAGCCCCGCCACUUCCAGCCACGGCACACUCAAUCUGAACGCUGGCUUGUGGCGUAUGGGGAAAAAGAACGGCGACAUGGCGAGCUACAUCACCGACUUUGCUGCAAACCUGAGGAACACUGUGAUGGGGGUUAACACAGGGAUGAACCAAGCUCUUCUCGGUAACAAUCCCCUCGCCACUAUUCAAGCCCUAGCAGCCAGUGGUGGCCAGCUGCCUCGUUCUAGUCUUGACUGCGGCAGUAAGAUGAUGCUGGGGGCGUCGGGCGGCCAGGCGGGGGGCCUGGCGUCCUCCCUCUUCCUCAACCACCCCGCCUUCCUUCACAUGGGCCAGAACCCCGGCGCCGGACUGGUCAGCGCGGCCGUAGCCAAAGCCUCCCUGCCCUCCCCCUUCGCCCCUUCGGCCAGCAGCAUCAGCCCCUCCCUGUGCUCCCCUUCCCCCUGCUCGAGCCCCGCCUCCUCUUGCUCGUCCAUCGAAAUGGCACACAGCCCCCCCUCUCUGGGCGGGGCCAAGAUGGAGUGACGGCGGCCAGUGAGCGGCCAAUCAGCGAGGAGGGGGAAGAAGGAAGGAAGUAAGAAUCUCGCCUUUCACACCAAAGCUAGCUCUUCUCGUCUCUUGUGCUCUUCUUCCGGCACCUCUUCACGCCGUUCGUCCUUCCCUCGCCGUCUUUCGAUGCCAAAAACCCACAGAAUGAAGGAGGGAGGGAAGGGGGGAGGGAUCGAAAGGGGGCGGAAAUGACGGGAAGACUGAAACCAAAAAUUCUUUAUCUAGCCAAAUAGUCAGCACGGCACCUCUCCAUCCACAGCAACAGUGACUCUUUAAGACGAGCAGAGAAGCCUAAAACCAAAAAUGACUAAACGUGGCAAAGAAUUAAAAAAGGAGGAGUCCUUUUUUUUUUUUUUACUUUAAAAUGCUGCGGGUCUGACGGGAGAGAAGGAGAAGUUUAAACCAAAAAUAUAACCUAAGAAGAAGAAGAAGAAGGUGAGGAGGCGGCGGCGGUGAUGGAACACACAAUGACAAAAAAAAAAAAGACAAGACAACCAUACCAAAAUCCCAAAUACCAAAAAUACGGAGAGAAAAGCUUUAUUCAAAAAGGACAUGUAAAUAAAUACUGAAGCUAUCCAGGACCAGGACUCCACUGCUAAACAUCAUCCCCAUCAUAAGCGCGAGAUAGCAUAGCGUCGCUUUCUACUCAUUUACAAGCACUACUCAUCAUGCCGUGUCAUCGUCACCAUCAUCUUUGUCACCUUAUCACCCUUUUUUACCCCGGGGUCAGAGGUCACGCUCCAAACGUGCUCGUAAUCAAAAUGGGCGAGUCAGCGCCGUAACAGACAAAACUCACGGGACAUUGCGGCAGUACAGUAGGAAGGGGAUUCUUACGGCCCCAUUCGCCAGAGUUUACCCGACACAUGAAACGGGACAAAUUAAAGGGGAGCACUAUACACUUUCGCCGCCAGACUGCAGUAGAGUGUUGAAUUGCUUAAAAUGGGCUUUGUGGCCAUUCCAGUUUUGACCACAGCGUCAGUUGCUUUGCAGAGUGGCGCUUUCCAUCCUUUUCAGCAGACUGCAUUGCAAAAUGAUUAACCCCGAGAUCCACCCACUACUGUAUCGUUCAGGUGUAAGACUUUGCAGGAUCCCUAUACACACAGGCGCUGUCCCGCCUCUGUUGCGGCUCUGAUACCCCCUACCAAGGCGGUCAAUGGCCGUCUCUCCAUUUUGUGUCCGUGCUGUUCAUAUAGAACAACAAAAAGGCGGAAAAAAGCCGGCAAAGAAAUUCCAGGGGUUGUCCACAGGCCCGCCCGAAGGUAAUUUACAACCAUUUUAAUGGGCUUUGACAUAUUUUCCAAAUAAAAUACACACUAAGAACAUAAAAAAAUAAAAGGUUAUGGGAAAAAAAAGUUGAAUGUGUAAAAUGUUACCAGAGUAUUUUGGCAAAAAUAUUUUUACUCACACACAAUUCGCAAAGUAAAAAAAAAACUAUUUUCUUCAGUUAAAAAAAAUAUUUGCUGGUAUAAAAACAAUGUUUUUGUUUCCAGAUGAGCUUGAGCUGUAGUAACACAAAUAGCUGUUAUUCUUAUAGCCAGGUACAAAUAAACACACAGGUCUGGCAUUUGGGCUGCAGUGUUUUUUAAACCCUGAGACACAUCUAGCUCAAAAAAUAGUUUGUUUCUUGUAGAGGCAAAUAUAAUCGUGCGUGGUCUUGGUAUCAAAUUAAAGCAGAGCCGAAUGAUUACAGUAGAAGUGGAGAUGUAUCUUCAGUAACUGAUCAUUGAGUUUUAGCGAUAAAAGAAUGCUACUUGUUAGUGUUAGCGUUCAAAUGAUGCCAAGUAUGUCACAAUCGUCAUCGAAAUGUUACAAAUAUCAGAAUAAGACAGAAACAGCGUGGACAACCCCUGGACUAGACUCUCGUAGAGCAUUGGUUCUCAAACUCCUGUGCAAGCGCCAAUUAGUAGCACAAACAAAAUAUAUAAUAACAAAAAGUGCCGUAGUACCUCGGUUUUUGUUGUUUUUCAAGAAAACCAAAGUAUUUUCCCAUAAAAAAUCAUGUAAAUCCAAUUAAUUUGUUGCAGAAAAUGUCAUCUCAAAAUGUGUUUUGUGUUUAUAUUUGUGUGGUUGUGGUAAAAAGCAAAGAGACUUGUUGUGUAACUGUGUUAGCGAGCAAAGAACUCCAGAGGCAACCAGUGAUGACAUCACUGACGGGCGACGGGGGGUGAAUCACUUCCUGUUUGGGUCGUAACUGCUACGUUUUGUAAUAAAGACACGUUACAAAUACAGUCAAUAUUUAUUGUUAAUGCCACGACAAGACCGAGUCACCAACGCACAAGGUUCUUUGUUUGUGAAAUGAUACACAGACUGGUUUGUUCGGAGUAGGGAGGUAACGAUAAACAUACUCAUGAUAACCACUAUAAAACUGCAGAUGGUUAGUAAUACCGCUUGAAAUAAAAAUAAUCGAAAAACCGUGAAUGAUAAACUCACGGACUGACUAGCGCCAGCUUGCUAGCUCUCUUAAAUGCUAACAUGAAAACAAGAGACAUUAACGUCUUUCAUACCCUAAUCUAAGCUUGUACAUUACAUACAUUACUGUCUGAGCAACUAUUUGCAUACUAUAUUACCACUGACGGGAAAAUAGGAAGGGAACUCUUGGUUAAAAGACUUCUGUGUAUAAGUACUUUUUGAGUACAUUCAACAAUACCACGAUAAUGAUAACCGUGAUCAUGUUGACAAUAACCCUGAUAUGACAUUUUCAUGUCGUUACAACCCCAGUUAGGCGUCAUGUUUCACUGUACGACAACCAAGUCGGUGUCACGGAAACCCCGGCCAACUUUUUAUGAAUGAUUUCGCCAAAAACAAAAGUCUACGAAAAAUGGCCAGUAAAUUGCAGUUCUAUUUUAAUCGUAAUUAAUCUU